UUCAGUCGCGCUGCAGCCGCGUUGCCGUGCGGACCGUAGCCUGCCCGCCGCUGUGUCUGUGCCUCUCGCGCGCCCGCUCGCGUCUCGCGUGUGCGCCGCGGUCGUGUCAGUGCGCGCGCGCGUGUGUCUCUUUGCGUGUGUUUUUGUGUCUGUUGUUGUGUCGAAUAGGAUGAUGCCGGCCCGGUCCUGAGCGGGAGGGCGGCAUGGUGCAGCCCUCGGCCGGCUCUCCGGGGGCGGCCAAGGGCGGCGGCGGGGGCGGGGCCCCCGGGGCCGCGGAAGAGGCGGUGCUGGGCCUGGGCCCCGGCCGCGGGCCCCGCUGCAGCGAUGUGGCCGAGAAGCUGGCGCAGCUGUUCGGCUGGAGGCACACCUACAAGGUGGAGAAGCUGCAGCGCUGCCUGCUGGCCGACCAGCUCCUGCGCCAGCAGCAACUCCAGCAGCUGCGCGCCGGCGCGCGCCCCGCCGAGCAGGACAAGGACAAGGACGCGAAGGAGGGCGUAGACAACAACAACGCCAUCAAGAGCGACGACGAGGUUGACGCCAAGGCGCCGGACACGUGGGUGUCGGUACAGGCCGUGAGCUCGGCCGAGGGAGGCCUCCUCGACCCAGACGAUCGGCUGGCCGAUGUGGCCGACGACAGGGAGACGUUGACGGCCACCUUUGAGGAGGCGGGCAGCGACCAUCCGGGACAGCACACGGGUGGAGAUGGAGCGUCAGGAUCCUCGGUCGGUACCGGCUCGCCAGACAUCUUCCAUGGCACCGAGAGGUACGGCGCCUGCGGCCGCACUGACAUCGAGGUGACCGGUGAGCAGAUGGCGGGCGGCGGGCUGCAGCUGCAGGUGAGGCGGGGCAGCGAGCCCGCGCUCAACCAGCUGCCGGAGGGCCUCGGGGACCGCGCGCCCGCGACGUCGCUGCCGCCACCGUGCCAGCGCAAGGCCGCCUCUAAGCGCUGGUCGGCCGCGCCCAUCAUCAUGGAGAGCUCCGAGUCGCUGCCGCUGUGCCUCAGUCCCAGCAGCCCGCUGGGCUCGCUGGGCAGCCCCGGCACCAUCGACUGGGAGGACGAGUCCCCGCCAAGCCAGGCCGCCGCGCCCCUCGAGCGCCAGCCGCUGCGCGAGUCGCACCUCCGGCCGCCCGCGUACGGCCGCUUCAGCCGCGACGGCGCCAACCGCCUCUCCAUGCAGUUCCUGGGCGAGUCGGCCGGCGGGCUGCGCUGGUGCGACGCGGCCGAGCGGGUGGCCAUGGCCUCGCUGCCCUCCAUGGGCUCCGGUGGGCACGCGGGCGCCGGCCCCAACCGUGGCCAGUCGCUGUCGCUGCCCCGCGACCACCGCCGCAAGGAGCCCCUCGGGCAGGCCAACCACGUCGACAACACGGACGGCGCCGGCGACAGCACCGAGCUCGUGGUGCUCCGGAGCGAGGCGGGUCCCCUGGGCAUUCAUGUGGUGCCGGACUACGACCAGCUGGGCAAGGAACGCGGGCUGCUGGUGCAGGGUAUCGAGCCGGGCGGCCGCGUCGACCGGGACCACCGCCUUCAGGUGUACGACCGCAUCAUCGAGAUCAAUGGCAAAAACCUCCUCAAUAUGCCGUUCCACACCGUCCAAGAUAUUUUCAAAGAUUCCCUUAGAUCUCCUGAGCUCCGAUUACGUGUUGUUAAACAUCGUAGUAGUAUAGCCAAUUACAAUAAAAAGCCUCCUGCACCUGUCUUCCCUAGAUCUUCAUCUGACAAGGAGAAUAUUGCCAUGGUUGAAACAGAGGAAAGAUUAGUUGGAGGUCAACCUAAAGUAGCCACUGUGUCUUCCACAAAAAAAUUGCCUUCCAAUGGAAAUAACAAUGGAGGUCCAGGAUCCUCCGGCACUCUGAUACGCAACACAGCCAACACCCUUCUGGCAGCCAAUACUCGACGAAUGGGGCGCAAGGUGGCUAUUGACUUGACCAAGGGCCCACAUGGGCUUGGUUUCAGCAUCACAACUAGGGAUAACCCUGCGGGGGGCAACUGCCCGAUAUACAUCAAAAAUAUUCUCCCCAAGGGAGCAGCUGUUGAGGAUGGACGGCUGAGGCCAGGUGAUAGAUUGUUAGAGGUGAAUGGAGUUGAGAUGACUGGUAAAACACAGGCUGAAGCAGUGACAGUAUUACGAAAUGCGCCUGCUGGCAGUGUUGUACAUAUUGUAGUUUCUAGGCAAGAUGAUACAAAUACUGCUGGGUCCAGUCCUCAGUCAAACUACACUGAAUCAUCUCCUGAGUCUAGCGAAGAGUUGUCCAACUCUCCGUCUCAGCCAGUGAAUAGUAGCAAUGAAUCACAAGAUAGCAACAAAUCUCCUGGUAGUGAAAAAGGAGUGCACAUUACCAAUGGUUACCAUAAGAGUAAUGAAAAGUCAAGUGAGGAUUCCCUAAUUUAUCCAUGGAAGCACAAAGAAAUACUCCAGUUUGACAUUCCAGUGCAUGACACUGAGAAAGCAGGACUUGGUGUCAGUGUUAAGGGUAAAACCUCUGCAAAUCAUCAAGUAGCACCAUAUGACUUAGGAAUAUUCGUUAAAAGUGUUUUGCACGGAGGUGCAGCUUCAAGAGAUGGUCGAUUACGAACUAAUGAUCAGUUAUUAAAUGUAAAUGGUGUCUCACUGUUGAACCAAUCAAAUGCUGACGCAAUGGAAACAUUAAGACGUGCAAUGCUUCACACUGAAGGACCCAUACCAGGUGUAAUUACAUUAACUAUUGCUCGAAGGACAGGUGCCCCUUCACCCUCAACCCCAUCCAAUGGUACUAAAGAUUCUGUAACAACACCUCAAAGUAUUGAACUAAAUGGAAAGCAUGAGGAUACAUGUACUCCUGACAAUUCUGGAACCAGUGAAAAUUCAGACAACACAGUUAUCUUUCUACCAUACAAAGACCAUAAUCGUGCCACAAAUGGUAGCUUAGAUCGAAGCAUAGAUUGCAGUUUAGAUAAAUCCUUAGAUUGUGUAUCAAUGAGAAAUCCCGUUUUGGAUAGGCUGACAGGCCAAACUCAAAGUGCUAGACAUAAUGAGAGCUAUUAUAGAGCAACGCAUGACACAUCUACUUGGAAUACAACAGCCCUCUUAGCAGGCGGUUCAUCACCUAUUGACAGACCAAUGGGUCACCUGACAAGCCCAACUGUUAAUCCAAGUAAUGGAGAAAUGAUUCUCAUUGAAGAGAGUCCUACUUAUGGAACCCACCAACAUUCUAAUAGUAGAGGCCGUAGACCUGAGAAGGAGGAUAGUCGAAGGCCUAGUGUAUCUAGCCAACAGUCUCAACAAUUCAAGGGUGGACCUCCACCGUUACAGCACCAACAGUCUCAGCAGUCUGAGCAAAGCAAUUGUAGUGAACCGCAUGGAGAUGUUGCAUAUGCAAGCCAACUCUCCCUUGAUGAAUCUGCAGCAGGCUUUUCAAGGGAUGCCUUUGGCCGUCAAAGUAUGUCAGAAAAAAGGCAUGCAACUUUAGAUGCAAAGAACACUGAUACAUACCAACGACAGAAAAAAUUGAGGGAAGAACGAGAAAAGCAGAAACAGAGUGGCUCAGAUCUUGACAGUAGCAAUGAAGGGAUUAAGGUUGCGAAAGCAGCAGGCAUGUUGCGUGCAAAUUCCAUCGAAUCUGUGACGAGUAUUCCCCAGAUUCAGGAAGCCUCUGAGUAUUCUGGUGAUAGGAAGAAAUUUGAACUGGGCCCGUCUUUAGGUAUGAAGAAGUCAUCGAGCUUGGAGUCACUUCAAACUAUGGUGCAAGAGAUCCAAAUGCAGGAGGAUAGCGACCCGGCCUAUUCUUACCGCAACGCCCAAGGUGCGGUGCGCGUCAUCAGAGGCCGCGGCUGCAACGAGAGCUUCCGCGCCGCCGUGGACCGCAGCUACGAGGCGCCCUUCGCCUCGGGAGACCUGCGCGACCGUAUGGAGACUUUGGCUGAAGAGGAUGGCGCCGUGGUGGAUUCUCUGGGGCCGCCGCCCUUCGCCUGCGCACGAGGAGCGCCUCGCCAGUCAUCGCUCAACGCUAUGGACGCCAAGAACAAACUGGGCAAGAAGAAACCUGGCCUGCUGAAGGGCAUUGGCUCAAUGUUCCGAUUCGGGAAGCAUAGGAAACCAUCUGAUAUUGAUUUUGAAAUGGAGACUGAUGAUCCAAUUGGUGACAUGGAGGCUGCUCGUAGAGCUGCGAAAGAUGAACAACAACGUAUUCAGGAACAGUAUAAAAGACUUGUUCAGAGACACAGACAAAUGGAGGAACAGCAACAACAAGAAACAGCUAGUGUAAAUGGUUCUGAUUAUGGCCACACCACUCAUCAAAAUUCAACCCACCAAACUAAUCAUCACCAUUCGCAUCACCACCAUCAUCAACCACACCAACAGCAGCAGCAUAUAUCGUCAUCACAUUCACACCAUAGUCAAUCUCAUGGGGGAGUUGGUGGAAGCAGUAGUGAAGGAUCCCCUGGUGAACAAGGACAGUCUCGAACACAACGUAUUCACCUGUUGCGUGCUCAACAUCAACGUCGGCAUGUUGAAAGGAUGGGUCAGUACCCACUAGAUGAGAGAGAAGAACGUUAUGAGCAAGCCAUUCAGCAGAGAGUGGAUCAACCAUACCAACAUCAGAAACAAAAGCAACCUUCACCAGGUGCAUAUGAUCUGUAUGGUGAAAUGACAAGGCCUGGAAGCAGAAUGGGAAUAACUGACCCAAAUCAACAUUUCAGUCAUUAUGUUAACUAUGAUGAAAUUCAACAACACUUAAAAGAGGAACUCUCUGAACUUGAUAUUUUACAAAUGAGACGUCAGGUUCAACUUCAAAGAAUGAAAGUAGAGGAAGAAAGUCGACGCCAACAACACUAUCAUUCACAGCGUAGAGAUAACAGAGAAUCUCACCAACGGCCUGUAUCUAAUUUUUAUGAAUAUGAGAGUGUGCAGGCCAUGAUGAGAGCAAAUCAACAUCGAAUGAUGGACAAUGGAAACACUAAUUCCCUCCCUCGACGGUCACCUCAAAAUGGAGUACCCCCGUCACAUGGGCAGCAUAGCUCAAGACCUCAAAGUGGAGUUAACAGAAUGUACCCUACGUAUGUACCAGUUAAUGGUUCCCUCCAUCAUCCUUCAGUCAAUAGCUCAAGUAGUAUUCGGCAAGGGCCUUUUGUCACUCAUGUUACUAUUCGUGAAGCUUCACACACACCUGGUUCAAAGGUGUGAAGAAUGCUGCCUUCAAGAUGUUUGGUUACUGCUUGUAUCUCUAUUACUGCUUAGAUUGCCAUGAACAAUGUGUGCCAAGAGUUAGAUUGUGAUAGAUGUGCCGUACAAAAAUUCAUUGGCAAACUGCCUUUUUUAUCAUUAUUUGUCAUAAGCCAAAGAUCAUAGAUAAUGUGCUAUGACAUAAAUGCUGCCCGUGCAACAAAAGAUACUAAGUGUUGAACAAUUUUUUAAAAAAUUUGUCUAUAUUUGUAUUAGUGUAUUUCUUAUUGUCUUCAUAAAACUUUGGCUAUGCAUAGAGGCUGUGCCAAAGUUUGUAAUCCUAAUCUAGUCAUUAACAGUAAUUAUUGAUGUUGCAUGUCCUGCAGCAUAUUAGUCUGCCAUGCUUGUUUGGAAUUGUGUACACAUAAUCAAAAUAUGAAAUUAGGUUUGUGUACAGGUAAAAUAUCUAUUUUUAUCUGGACACCAUUAGUUAUGAGAUUGUGAUAUCAAUUUGAUGCCGUUAUUUUAGAUUUCAUUGAUAGAAUAUUGAUGAACUUGGGACCAAUCAUUAAGUUAAGAAAACAUACAGACUGCAUAGGAGCGCCACAUAUGGCUUUAUUGAAAUUUAGUGUAUUCAACAUGCCUGCCAUCUAAUCCAAAACUGAGUUUACAUCUAAAGUUCACACUCUUCCUCCUACAUACUAGGCUGUGCUUUAAAUUUUACUGACAUUUGGGCUUACAACAAAGCAAUGAAAUUUACUUUA